AAAGUGUCAUCACUAAUAGGCAACAACAACAACAACAUGUUUGUUGCUCAAAAUCACCGCAAAUAUUGUGUUUCCAAAAGUUAAUAAGCUAUUCCAUUGCAAGCGGCGAGGCAACAUGACAACCGACGAGAGCAUUAUGGAGGAAAUGCUGGACCGAGCAACAAAUCCGGCUAAGGAAAGGGUCGACGAGCUGGGCGUUCAAAUGUUCUGCAUUGUGGUAAAAAGUCAUGUGCAGCUGGUGCACAAGGCUCAGGAGAUGAUUGUGGCCAAAGUGCGGUCAGCAAACGUAACCGAAGCAACGCGAGCCAUUUCGCUGCUGGAGGAAUGCAUGACUCAGUGCGGCGAAGAGUUCCAGGAUGAGGCCGGAAAGUUUCGCUUUCUCAAUGAACUGAUCCGGCUGGUGUCGAAAAAGUACAAGGGAGCCGAAACGCCGCACGAGGUGAAGGAGCGGAUUAUGGAGUGCCUGCUGCUGUGGACCACAGAGUUUCCGCAGCGUCAGAAAAUACGCGAUGCCUACGACAUGCUGCGGAAGGAGGGCGACAUCGAGCAUGGCCAGACAGAGGCGGCGUUGGCCAAUCGGGAGAGCGUUCUGGGAACCAUCGACGAGGCCCGGUUCGCCCAGCUGGUCAAGAGCAACAAUCCAGAAAACUUCAAGCGGGCCAAUCUUCUGCUGCAGUAUCGCAUGGCACAGGAGGCGCGACGAAACGAACUUCUGUCCCAGCAUCGUAUUGGGCUCAACGAAGUCCUGGAGACCAUGCAGCUGCUCAACCAAAUGCUGGACACCUAUGAUCCCUCCAACAAGGAUGUCAGCGAGACAAUAAACGACCUCUACAAUAUCUGCAAGAAGCACAAGCCGAUCUUCCAGCAUAUGACGCAGCUGUUGGAUGAAUCCGAUGCCCAGCUCAUAGCUGACACAUUGGAUGCCAAUGGGGCCCUCCUGGGAACAAUGCAACGCUAUAAGCAGCUGGUUCCCUCGCCAAAAAAAACAUCUGCACCUGCACCUGGCCUGACCACGAAAGCAUCAACAUCCACAGCAACAGCAACAUUAAUAGCAACAGCAACAGCAGCAAAAGACAAAAGUUCCAAUAACGAUUUGCUAAUCAACGAAAUGCUGGGCGAUCUCCUCAUUGGGAGCAGUGAAAACGGAGCAGGAGCAGAACCAGAAGCUUCAUCUGGACCUGGAGAAGUUGCAAAAUCAAACACUUUCACGGCUCCUGCUUCAACCGAUCCUCUGGCUGAUCUGAGUGAAAUCUUCAGUAGCGCACUGGCCGAAAGCGAGUCUAAACAAUCGACUAAUAAAUCAUUCCAGCAUGCCAGCUCAGGUGGCGGCGGCGGCAUGCUGGAGCCUGAGGUGCUUAGUCCGAGCACGGCCAGCGAUGGCCUGGCCAAUGGCAGCUCCAGUUCCGACUCCUCGCGAAAACCCGGGUCGGCCAGGAAAAUGCCUCAGAUUGAUAUGCUGAGCGAGGAGCUAUUCCAGAAGAUAUUGCCCAGCCAGGAGAGGAUGAGCAGCUUCAAGCGGAAUCCAGAAAAGGUAACCCUCAACGACAUGGCCAAAGAGAGGAUGCAGGUGAAGCCACCCGAGAUGGCACAGACACAGACGCCAGCACAGCCAGUACCAGCUCCAGAGGUGCCUACAGCAGCAGCAGAGCCUGUCGAUGAUGUCCCUUUGCUAAGCAAUGCUCCCGUUAACGAUGAGCAGGAGCCGCAGGUCGAACCACAGCCGCCCACGCAAAAACAUCUCAGCGAGAUCAGCAUCGAACUAGACAAUAUCCAGGCCACCGGGGAGCAGCGCGUGGUGCUCGACGAUGAUGACAUGCAGCUCAGUUUAAACUUUACCAGCGAUCGUCCAGGCCAUCGUGUCUCGGUGAUUGUGAUAUCGGCCCAGAACAAGAGCCGUCAGCCAGUCCGGGACUUCCACUUCGAGGCGAGUGUCAAAAAGCCAUGCAAGGUGCGUCUGCUGCCGCCCACGGAAAGCGCGAUGCCACCACACAAGCCCUUUCGUCCAGCCACGCCCAUCAAUCAGGUGAUGCUGCUGCUCAAUCCCACCGGCAAGGCCGUGGACGUGACCUGCAUCGUGGGCUAUAAGCUGGGCGACGAUCCCGAUCCCAUCAAAGAGUCAAUUGUGGCCCAAGGCAUUGCCUACGUGAACUAAACUUGGGGAAAAAAUCUUAAAACACCCGCCCAUAAAAAAACCAUCACAAUACAAAACAGAAAGGACAUCAUAACAAAAAGUCAAUUCCCCGCAAGGCUAUUGCUUUCCCUGCGGCUCUUUUUGUGGGCGAACUCCUCCCCUCCCCCUCCGUUAAUAUUAUUUUCGGUUUCUAUAUGUAUUUGUAUUUGUAUUUGUAUAUUUAUUAGGGUUUUAUUCAAAAUUACAUUUCGCAUAAACGAUUUA